AUGGCAGCUGACACAGGGAGAUACAGAAGUACAGUUUCUAAAAGCAAAGACCCUUCGGGUUUGCUCAUAUCCGUAAUAAGGACUCUGUCCAGCAGUGAUGAUGUGCAGGACAGAGAGACGGAGAAAGGUCGUUUGGAGGAGGCUUAUGAGAAAUGCGACCGUGACCUGGACGAGCAGAUUGUUCAGCACUACACUGAGCUGACCACUGCCAUACGCACCUACCAGAGCAUCACCGAGCGCAUCACCAGCUCACGCAACAAGAUCAAACAGGUGAAGGAGAACCUUCUGUCAUGUAAGAUGCUGCUGCAUUGUAAGAGAGAUGAGCUGAGGAAACUGUGGAUUGAAGGUAUUGAACACAAGCAUGUCCUGAUGCUGCUGGACGAGAUUGAGAACAUCAAACAAGUGCCCCAAAGACUGGAGACCUUCAUGGCCAGCAAACACUAUCAGCACGCCACUGACAUGCUGGUGUCGGCGGUGGACUCUCUGGAAGGCCCCUUGCUGCAGGUGGAAGGCCUGAGUGAUCUGCGCUUGGAGCUGCACAGCAAAAAACUCAACAUCCAUCUGGUUCUGAUCGACGAGCUGCACCGUCACCUCUACAUCAAAUCCACCAGCCGUCUGGGCCACAAGGGGAAAGACAAGAGCCGGCCCGCAGGGUCUGGCCCAAAAGACUCCACCAUACUUGAUGUCAGUGGUCUGUCCACUCCACGCAAACACCCCGAGAUCUCCCAGUUCAGCACACCUGGAAGCAGCAGCUGUAAGAGAGAGAACAUUCAGGAGGGAAGGGAGGACCUGGAUGUGGACCCCGAGGAAAACAGUGCUGAGUUCAUGGGCAUCCUCAUCAAAAGCUUGGCCAAGCUGAAGAAGAUUCCGGAGACAAUCAAAGCCAUAAUGGAGCGCCUGGAGCCUGAGCUCAAGCAGAUUCUCAAGAGAUCCACCACCCAGAUCGCUGACCAUGCUUACCAAAGAGGAGAGAACCUGACCCAGGAUAACCAGCCCAGGCUGCUGUUGGAACUGCUGGAGUUAUUGUUUGAUAAGUUCAACGCCGUGGCGGCAGCCCACAGUGUGGUGUUGACACACCUGAAGCGGAUCAUGACGUUACCCAACGGCGCUCAGGAAGACAUCAAACUCUACGAGCAGGCAGAUGUCUCUGCCAAGAUACAAACAGUACUGCAGGUGCUCCUGAUGGACUACCUGGAUGUGAAAAACACGCGCAGUGCUGCAGAACCGUCCGUCCAGCUCUCCUACACCAGCGCUGGCAGUGAUUUUGGAGCCUUCUUUGCCAAGAAGAAACCUCAGCGGCCAAAACAGUCCCUGUUCAAAUUUGAGUCCUCCUCCCACGCCAUCAGCAUGAGUGCAUACCUGCGUGAACAGCGCAGAGAACUUUACAGCAAAAGCGGCGAAUUGCAAGGCGGAGCUGAUGAUAACCUCAUAGAAGGAGGAGAGACAAAGUUUCUCUGUAAGCCUGGAGCAAGGAACAUCACCGUGAUCUUCCAGCCUUUACUGAGGUUCAUUCAGGAGAUUGAGCAGAAUAUGGGGCCAGGUCAGGCGAAGCAGUGCCAACUCCGCACCUUCCUCACCUAUUACAUCAAUGACCUGUUCCUCCACCAGGUCCGCACAGAGAUCAACAAAGACAUCGAGGGCGUCACCAAAGUGUCCGACCCACUUAAGAUACUGGCCAGCGCAGACACCAUGAAAAACUUGGGUGUACAACGACCUCUCCUGCAGAGCACCGUCGUUGUGGAAAAGUCCAUUCAAGAUCUGAUGAGUCUGAUGCAAGACCUCAGUGCUUACUCUAACCAGUUCCUGGAGAUGGUGUGUGACAAACUCAAAGAGUACAAGGAAAUUUGCAACACUGCUUACAGGGGUAUUGUCCAAUGUGAGGAGAAGCUGACCAUCAGUGCUUCCUGGGCUAAGGAUGAAGAUAUUAGUCGUCUCCUGCAGUCUCUUCCUAACUGGGCCAACAUGGCCCAGCCCAGGCAGGUCAGACAGAAGAGAGAGGAUGAAGAGGACUUCACACGGGCUGCCUUUGCGAAGGAGUCGGAGGUGCUGACAGGUAACCUAGGAGACAAGCUGAUCCCUCAGAAUGAGAUUCUACGUGAUGUUAGCGAUCUGAAGGCCCUGGCCAACCUACAGGAGAGCAUGGAAUGGCUGGCAGGCAGACUCAAAGGCUUCUUCUCCAGCCUGCCCCACAGCUCCAAUGUAUCUCCAGGCUCCGACGCCCAGGUUAGCAGUGAGAGCACGCGCAGUCGGGAGCAGAUUUUGCAGACUCUGUCUGAUCUUUGCAGAUCCUUUCAGGACAUUGCUGAUCGUUGUCUACUGGUGCUGCACCUGGAGGUUCGAGUGCACUGUUUCCACUAUCUGAUCCCGCUGGCCAAACAGGGCAAUUAUGCCAUUGUGGCGAAUGUGGCCAGCAUGGACUAUGACCCUCUGGUAGUCAAGCUCAAUAAGGACAUCAGUGCUAUUGAAGAGGUGAUGGGAGCUGCGCUGCAGCAGCACAAGUUCCAGUACAUCUUUGAAGGCCUGGGUCAUUUGAUCUCCUGUAUUCUGAUCAACGGCGCUCAGUACUUCAAGCGCAUCAGUGAGUCCGGGAUUAAGAAGAUGUGUCGUAAUAUCUUCGUUCUCCAGCAGAACCUGACUAACAUCACCAUGUCCCGGGAGGCCGACCUGGACUUUGCCAGGCAAUACUAUGAGAUGCUCUACAACACUGCAGAUGAACUGCUGAAUCUAGUGGUGGAUCAGGGUGUGCGUUUCACAGAGCUAGAGUACAUUAACGCCCUGAGCCUGCUCCACCGCAGUCAGACGGGAGUGGGAGACCUGACCGUGCAGAACACACGCCUGCAGCGCCUCAAAGAGAUCAUCUGUGAGCAAGCUGCCAUAAAACAGGCCACGAAGGACAAGAAGAUCACAACUGUCUGAUCAAGUUCUCCAGUCUAUCACAUCUGUAUCUCACUGAACAGCAGUGAUCAGUGGUUUACAUACUCCUACAUUAGCUUAUUGUGGUUUUAUUACGCUUGUAAAGAUGACAAUGAUUAAACAUCCCUUCAGUCUUUUGGGUAUAUCACAGAUUAAUUGGUAAGUGGCAUUUCAGUCAUAGGCUUUGCAUAUGUACAUCUCACACACACACACACACACACAUUCUGUAGUUACUUAAUUCCGCAGACCAUGUCCAGUUGGCUCUGCCUUCCUGGUGCAGAGAGGCUGUCAGAUCAUGGAUUAGGCACCGUUUUCCUCUCAUUUUGCUCUAAUGUCAGAACUGCUGCUCUCAGUAAGUCUCCACCUCCCAGUGCGCCCUGCAGCCUGAUUUCACAGUAACCCAUACAAAGUUAGAAUAUUUACCUUCUAAUCGAGCAAACAGAAGGGCACAGGAUUAGUUUUCACUCAUGUUUCUCCUUUGGGGUGUAGGGUAGUUUGAUUUAAAGGGUAGUUUGAUUUAAAGGGGAUAAAAUCAGUAUUGCAUUCUUUUACCAACACCAUAGAGCUGCAUCUCACAAACCACUGCGUAUGUUUGCUAACAGUGAGAUUGCAGUUCACGGCCUGAUUGGUAGAGAUGUAAUUAUAAAACUCUCCCCCC